AUGGCUCCUCUCUCUCGAGCUUUGAUUCUUAUCAGCACUCUGUUUUUCUCCAGUGCUGUCUCUGCCCAGACCAUAAAGGUCGAUGGAGAGGUGAUAUCUGCCGAUGAGACCACAGUGGCGCCGGCUGCUGAGUCGGUGGCAAGCCUGGUCGAGCCCGAAGCUAUUCAGCUGACUGAUGCCGUCCUCGCGAACCUGACGGAUCUAGAGCUGUCCAAUGUGUCUCUGUUUCAAUUUGCUGAAAAUGAUCUUCAGAAACGCGCCGCGUCCUCGUCCAAGUGCAAGACUUUCCCCGGCGAUGCAUUGUGGCCUUCAAAACUGGUCUGGAAAGUGUUCGACCUUCUGACCGGAGGCGCGCUCAUUGAGACUGUCCCAAUCGGCGCUGCAUGCUACACCAACAGUGAACACUACGAUUCGGUGAAGUGCCAGGAUAUUCUUGCUCACUGGACCGAAUCUGAGACCCAUGCUCGGGAUCCUACCUCGGUCAUGUCUCCUCUGUAUCAGGGUGAGACUUGUAUGCCACAAAACGGCAACGCCAGUACUUGUGAAAUUGGUGGAUUCCCGUCCUAUGUUGUCAAUAUCUCAACAAUCGCGCAAGUUCAACUAGCCGUCAAUCUUGCUCGUAACCUCAACCUCCGGCUCGUCGUCCACAAUACUGGUCAUGACUUCCUCGGCAAGUCGACUGGUGCUGGAGCUCUCUCAGUCUGGACUCACAAUCUGAAGAGCCUCAAGUUCAUCGAGAAUUUUAGCUCUCCUUCAUACACUGGCCCGGCCCUCAAACUCGGGGCUGGUAUUCAAGUUAAAGAGUUGUAUGAUGCCGCCAACAAGUACAAUGUGACAGCAGUCGGUGGCGAAUGCAAAGGAGUCGGUGUUGCUGGUGGUUACAUUGCUGGUGGUGGCCACUCUCCUCUGACAUCCAAGUUUGGCAUGGGUGCUGAUCAGGUCGUGAGCGUUGACGUUGUGACUCCCGAUGGUCGCUUCGUCACAGCUGAUGAGCAGAACAAUACCGAUCUUUUCUGGGCUCUCCGUGGUGGCGGAGGCGCUACCUUCGGCGUCGUUACCGGAUUGACUGUCAAGGUCCACCCCAGAAUGAACUUUGUCGGUUCUACAUUCACCGUGUUGAGUGGACCCGAUACAAACAAUACUGAUGAGAUAUUCUGGGCUGCUAUGGAGACGUACUGGCGCAAAUUGGAUACAUACCUGGAAGUGCCCAACUAUGGUUACUCUCAGAUGUUCUCACGUGGUACUGGCGCUGGCUAUAUGUGGAGCAUGCUGCCCUGGUUGGUGUCAGGAAUCUCCCUGGACGAAUACAAGGCUAUGGUGGCGCCGCUGUUUGCCGAAUGGAGGGCCCUAGGUCUUGAAUUUGAGCCUGUUUACUUUGAGCACGACAACUUUUGGGACACAUGGACAAGCCAUUUCCCAACAGAAUCUGUGGCCAACUCCAACUUGCGUACUGCUUCGCGUAUAUUCCCUAAGGCAAAUUGGGAGAAUGAUGACACGCUGAAUGCAACGAUCGCUGCUAUUCGUAGCGUCAUCUCGGAAGGAUCCGCCUUAAUCCAGUACAAUAUGAACGGUGCCGCUCCUGCUGGUACCCCGGAUGCCGCUGUCAACCCGGCAUGGCGUGAGGCUGCAUUGUUUGGCAUCUUUGGCAGCCGCUGGGCUGAUGGGGCUACUGAGGAGGAGAUCAAAACAAUCAACGAAAGGCUCACCUAUGAUUGGAUGGAGCGUUUGCGACAGGUCACUCCGGGCAGUGGAGGCUAUCUCAAUGAGGGUGAUGUCAUGGAACCCAACUUUGGACAGGCGUUCUUUGGCUCGAAUUACGACCGCUUGUUGGGUAUCAAGCAGAAGGUGGAUCCUUGGGAUGUUUUCUGGGCUCCUACUGCUGUUGGAAGUGAAGACUGGUAUGUUACCGACCAGGAAGAGUGGCUCACGCUACAAACCGGCCGUCUGUGCCGCAAGUAA